AUGCGCUCCUCAAUCAUUCUGAACAUCGUGGCUGCCACAUUUGCCAGUGCUUCAGCUCUGAUCAAAGCCGGACCAGGCUACAUUAACUACACCACAGUCACAGGUUACUUUCUGCAAGACGAGUCAACGACCAACGCGACCACCUUCAAUUAUACGCAAGCGAACUUCGGGCUCAUCAAUCGCACAUAUCCAGCUACUCACAACGUCCGCAGCCAUGCCGACUUGACGCAAUGGCAAAAGUUUGAGAUUCAGGUCGAUGCGUUGAACAAGGAAGCGCCGAAGAACACUGUCUACAAAGUACUCUUCACGGGACGGCAUGGUCAAGGAUACCAUAAUGCGGCAGAGACUGCCUUUGGAACGCCAGCAUGGAACUGCUAUUGGGCUCAGCUGAAGGGUGCCAACAGUUCGUUCUCUUGGGAAGAUGCUCACCUUACCGAGGCUGGCAUCUUGCAAGCACAGAUCGCGAACAAUUUUUGGAAGAAGGAGAUCGAAAGUCAAAAAAUACCCGUGCCCCAGACGUACUAUGUAUCGCCUCUGGCACGAUGUCUCGCUACGGCCAACAUCACCUUUAGCGGUCUGGAUCUCCCCAAGCGGGCUCCUUUCGUCCCCACUGUGAAGGAGCUUCUGCGUGAAGGCAUCUCUAUUCAUACAUGCGACCAUCGCUCAAACAAGACGUGGAUUCACAACACAUAUCCAAGCUUCAAGAUCGAGAAGAACUUCAAUGAGCAUGACGAGCUUUGGAAUGGUGUUACUGCAGAGUCCGACAGCGCACACGAGAAGCGCAUGUUAACACUGCUGGACGAUGUCUUCACCAGCGACGCCUCGGCCUGGAUUAGUCUCACCUCUCACAGCGGCACCAUCAGCACGAUUCUCGACGUCAUCGGCCACCAAAAAUUCAGCCUCCUUACAGGAUCCGUCAUCCCCGUUCUGGUCAAGGCAGAAUUCCUCCCGGCUUCAGAUGCACCUUCUACGACCGUCGGCAGCUUCACGACUAGCACCUGGUGUCACAAUGGCCCGCCGAUCACAAGUAGCUCAGGCGUAGAUCAAGGAUGUGUCUGUUCCUCAACCACAGCACCUCUCCCAAGUUUGAAUACGCAAGCACCAUUUGUUUCGGGAUAG